UUUAUAUAUUUUAUGUCUGUUUAUACACACUUAAAAUUAAAAUCAAUUUUUCCCUCCUCUUUUCCUAUCUUUCUCUUUCCUCAUCCUUAAAGUCGAGAUCCCCUUAUUCGUAAUAUCGCGCCAAUUUCCACCACCACGAUGCCAUGUUCCAACAUGUCGGUUGCAGUAGCAGCGGGCUGCGACCAAUUGUGUCAGUGCGAGACGAGGACGACGCGUAUCGAGACCCUCUCGGUCCUCUCGCUUUAGUACAAUCGUCAGUCCGCUUUCAUGACUCAAACCGCGCAUCAAUCGUGGAAACGACAUUGUGCGUCACGAGAGCUUCGAAAUAGCGAUGAGUUGCUACGUCUGCGAACAACGACGCUCCGAAGGCGCGCAGGAGAUACCAUCUGACGUAUCUAUAGAGGACGAGGAUCACUUGAAGAAGUGUUUUGAGGCGAUCGGCAAGGCUCACGAAGAGGUGCUCACUCAAUUGUCAUUAUGCUCGCAUCAUUUCUCGCAAGCUUGUUCCGCAGGCUUGAUUCUGACGAACAAUGCCGCUCCUACUUUGGCACCAACUUCCUCUGACUCGAUCGCGAAAGCCGCAGAAGUGGAUCGAUCGUCACCGCAGAGGGAGUCAGACAGCGAACAAUCUCCCUCGCCAUUAUCACCGUUCCCGAUCAGGCGACCGAUCAUCACGAGGGGACGGCGCACUCGCAUGUUGCCGCAGGAAGAAGUGGAAAUACAGCCGUUCAAGCACGUACGUUACCUUAAGAGCGUCAACUGGGACGAGAUCUCGAAAGUACCAGGAGAGGCGAAGAUUGUCUGGGAGGUAGCAAUGGAGGAGCUCAAGGAGAACAACGAUAAGAUAAAACAUCUCCAGGCGCAGGUCCACCAGCUUAGUGCAAUCGUUCAAAAACUCAAAAACACGUUGAAAACACAAAAGAAGACAGAGACUACUGCCAACGAUUUCUCCUAAAUUUUUAAGUACAUUUAUACGUUUGUAUAAUAAAUUUUGCGGCAAAAUAUUUUUUUAGCUUAAGUUUUUCACGUUUUGUAAAUGAUAAUGUCCUUUAAGUUUUUUAAAUAAUAUUGUCACGUAAAAUUAAUGAAAGUACAAAUAAGUAUCAAUAAAAUGUCUUGCAAUUUUCUUUAAUAUACGAUUUUUAAUCGUUUGCGAGUGACUGCGAAUGAAAUUCUUUCUUCUGACGGUAAAAAUUUUAAAAUUAUAUCUACAAUAAAUAUUUUACGAGAUCAUAAUCUUUGUAAGCCACUUUAAUGUUUGUUAAACAUUACGACAUUUUCUAUUUCGUAUUUAAUUUAUUUAUUUGCAACACGAGACAUUCAAACGGUAGCGGAAACACCGCAAUUACGCCGCGAAUAAGAUCCGUCCUCCUUUCCUCUCAUUAUGGCGAACGAGACUAAGCUGAUUCCCGCUGUCGUGCUGUUUGCAUUCGACAAUGCGACUAUACGAGCAGAGAAACGCGCCCUAGCAAAAGCAAAUGCGUUCGUCGAUGGCGGAUCCUUUUACAGAAGACAAAUGCGAGCGAGUCUUCGUUCGCAUUCACGUCCUCUCCUCCCCCCGUAACAGUGGUACGUGGCGCACGUAAUACGUUUACCACCGACAGCAAUCGUGGAGAAUGUGCGGGAUGAAACGGGAGGUAAACUAGAAAUGGGAGGUUACCAGGCGAAAAACGGAGAGCGAUGCGCCAGCGAGAGCGAAAAGACAAAAGCAGUGGUAAAGCCGUUUUAUUCGUUAUAUUCGUCAUUUUCGGGUGAAGCUACGUACUUGAUUAAAAGAUAAUACUGAUAAAAUAAUAGCAAAAGCUAAAAUAAUAGUAUCUGUGUUGAGCUGGCACCACGUGAAAGAUUCUAAAGUGAAAAUAAUAUACAUAUAUAUAUAGAAUAAUAUCAUUAAGUAUUAUUAAAAAUUUUAAUGUUAAGAUUUAAUUAAACUCAAGUUAGAAGCGUUUCUCUGCUCGUAUUGUCGAAUGUAAACAGCACGAUAGCGGGAAUCAGCUUAGUUUCGUUCUAAGCACUUUUUAAAUUAAAAUAAAUAUUUGCAUCGCACGAUAACUAAAUAAUCACAUAACUUUACGUAAAUAAAUUUGGUAAUUUAACUUUUCUCGAUAUUAUUCCAUGAUAAAAAAAAA